AUGAAGUAUUCAAAAAUCUCAGAUGAAACAAGAUUGGCCUUUAUCAAUAAAGUAGAAUAAGGAGUCUGUACUAUUAAGUAGGCAGCCAAGUAAUUUGGAAUUAAAUUUUCAACUGGCAAAGCCAUUCUAUCAUUGUAUAAACAUGAAGGCCGUAUUGGAAAAAAACAAAAGAGAAUCAGAAAAAUAAAGAACCAAAACUAACUAAAUCAAAGAGAAACAGUGAAAAACAUAAAGGAAGAAACCUUUUCUAAUGUGAAACAAGGUUAAGAAAUUAAAAAUGGCUAAAAUAGUUAUUCUUAAUUUAACUCUAUUGUUCAAUCAUACAACAACUACUAACAAUGGGUUAAUAUCAAUAUUUGGCUACACUGCUUGUCUGGAAUGAGUUUCCCCAGCCUUGGAAGUCAAGGAAAUGGAUUUUGA